UAUCUAAAGCCUUUUCAUUUUUUUGGCCGGUGGAUAUUCUUCUGAAUGAGUUCAGGCAAAUCCUAUAUAUUCCUUCUAUUUUUUUUCUCCGAUCGGGAAAUUGAGGAACCCAGUUCUUAAAACUGUCUGAAUAAUUGAGAAACCCAACUCAAAAGAUUCAAUUUUUAUUUCAUUCUUAGCCUGAAAAUAUUAAAGAUUCGACUUUUACAUAUAUUUUUUUUAAUUCCCACAUAUAAUUGAAGAAAGAGGAAGAAAGAAGAGAGAGAGAGAUAACACAGAGGUGGAAGAAGAACGAUGAGAGCUGGUUUAAGUACCAUCCAACAGACUCUGACGCCGGAGGCUGCCACCGUUUUAAACCAAUCAAUCUCCGAGGCGGCGCGUCGUAAUCACGGCCAAACCACGCCGCUCCAUGUCGCAGCCACUCUCCUUGCUUCUCCGGCGGGUUUUCUCCGACGAGCCUGCAUCCGAUCCCACCCCAAUUCUUCCCACCCGCUUCAGUGCCGAGCCCUCGAGCUCUGCUUCAGCGUCGCCCUCGAGCGACUCCCAACCGCGACAACGACUCCGGCGAACGAUCCACCGAUCUCUAACGCCCUUAUGGCGGCGCUGAAGCGAGCGCAAGCUCAUCAACGCCGUGGAUGUCCGGAGCAGCAGCAGCAGCCGUUGUUGGCGGUUAAAGUGGAGCUGGAGCAGCUCAUUAUCUCGAUUUUGGAUGACCCGAGUGUGAGUCGGGUCAUGAGAGAGGCUAGCUUCUCUAGUCCCGCCGUCAAAGCCACAAUCGAACAGUCGUUGAGUAGUAAUCCGUCUAAUCCGACGCCAAUUCCGAGCGUUUCCUCCGUCGGGUUGAAUUUCCGACCCGGUGGAGGUCCGAUGACCCGGAAUUCGUAUCUAAAUCCACGGUUGCAGCAGAACGCAUCGGCGCAAUCGGGGCUAAAUAAGAACGACGACGUGGAGCGGGUCAUGGAAAUUUUGGGUCGGACGAAGAAGAAAAACCCGGUUUUAGUCGGAGAUUCGGAGCCGGGUCGUGUGAUUCGUGAGAUCCUCAAGAGAAUUGAAGCCGGAGAAGCUGGGAAUUUAUCGGUGAAGAACUCAAAGGUGAUUCAUUUCGAGGAAAUCGAUUCGGAUAAGUCUGUGAGAAUCAGGGAAUUAGACGUGUUGCUCGAGACCCGGAUGAAGAAUUCGGAUCCUGGCGGUGGCGGCGGAGUGAUUCUCGAUCUGGGAGACUUGAAAUGGCUCGUGGAGCAACCGAGCUCAACGCAACCGCCGCAAACGCUCGCGGUGGAGGUAGGGAGGACGGCGGUGGCGGAGCUACGGAGGCUUUUGGAGAAAUUCGAAGGAAGACUCUGGUUCAUCGGAACCGCGACGUGCGAGACUUAUCUAAGAUGUCAGGUUUAUCAUCCAUCAAUGGAGACAGAUUGGGAUCUUCAAGCCGUAUCGGUGGCAGCUAAAGCUCCGGCGACCGGCGUUUUCCCGAGGCUUCCGAACAAUUUGGGAUCGUCGGUUCAAUCAUUUACGCCGUUGAAGAGCUUCGUGCCUACGAACAAGACAUUGAAAUGUUGUCCGCAAUGUUCGCAAAGUUACGAGCGAGAGCUGUCUGAAAUUGAUUCAAUGUCUCCGGAGGUUAAACCAGAAGUUGCUCAGCCGAAACAGCUUCCACAGUGGCUGUUGAAAGUUAAACCGGUCGAUCGUUUACCUCAAGCAAAGAUUGAAGAAGUGCAGAAAAAAUGGAAUGAUGCGUGUGUGCGUCUUCAUCCUAACUUUCAUAGCAAGAACGAGAAGAUCGUUCCGACUCCGAUUCCUAUAUCGUUAACGACAAGCUCCUACGGUCCCAAUCCGCUUCUUCGCCAGCCGUUGCAGCCUAAGUUACAGCCCAAUAGAGAGUUGCGUGAGAGGGUACACUUGAAACCUAUGAACUCUUUGGUGGCAGAACAAGCGAAGAAGAAGAGUCCUCCCGGGAGCCCGGUUCAGACAGAUCUUGCCCUUGGAAGAACAGAGGAUUUGGAGAAAGCUGGUGAUGUGCAAGUGAGAGACUUUCUCGGCUGUAUAUCGUCUGAGAACAACGAGAAGAUCAGUGUUUUGCAAAAGGAUAAUCUUGAGAACUCUUUAGACAUUGAUUUGUUUAAGAAGCUUUUAAAAGGAAUGACCGAGAAAGUUUGGUGGCAACACGACGCAGCCUCUGGUGUGGCUGCUACAGUUAGUCAAUGCAAGCUCGGAAACGGGAAACGCCGCGGUGUUUUAUCAAAGGGAGAUGUGUGGUUACUGUUCUCAGGGCCAGACAGAGUUGGAAAAAGAAAAAUGGUGUCGGCUCUGUCUUCUCUUGUAUACGGGACAAAUCCGACAAUGAUUCAGCUCGGGUCCAGACAAGAUGGCUCUGGAGAUGGGAAUCAUAACAUCCGUGGUAAAACCGUGUUGGAUAGGAUUGCAGAAACCGUUAAGAGGAGUCCGUUCUCUGUAAUCUUGCUUGAAGACAUCGAUGAAGCGGAUAUGUUGCUGCGUGGAAGCAUAAAACGAGCUAUGGAUAGAGGAAGAAUCACUGACUCUCAUGGCCGUGAGAUUAGUUUAGGUAACGUGAUCUUUGUCAUGACAGCGAGCUGGCAUUCUCUAGAGAUGAAAACGUCUUACAAAGACGAUGAAGCGAAGCUCAGGGACGUUGCGAGCGAGAGCUGGCGUUUGAGGCUGAGUGUACGUGAGAAAUUCGGGAAACGAAGAGCUAGCUGGCUGUGUAGCGACGAGGAGAGGCUGACUAAACCGAAGAAAGAACAUGGAUUAUCCGGUUUGUCUUUCGAUUUGAACCAAGCUGCUGAUACGGACGAUGGUUCGCACAACACGAGCGAUCUAACGACAGAUAAUGAUCAAGAAGAGCAAGGAUUUAGCGGGAAGCUGUCUCUGCAAUGCGUUCCUUUCGCGUUCCACGAGCUGGUAAGCCGUGUAGACGAUGCUGUAGCGUUCAGGGCCGUUGAUUUCGGAGCUGUGAGACGAAAGAUCUCGGAUACGUUGUCGGAGAGGUUCGCGAGAGUCGUGGGGGAAUCGUUAACGAUGGAAGUGGAAGACGAGGCGCUUCAAAGAAUCUUGAGCGGAGUUUGGUUAGGCCUUACCGAGUUAGAUGAGUGGAUUGAGAAGGCGAUUGUACCGGUUCUGAGCCAGCUCAAGGCUCGAGUUUCCUCUUCUGGUACUUAUGGUGACCGUACGGUUGCUCGGCUCGAGCUGGACGAAGAUUCCGGUGAUCGGAGCGCCGGUGAUUUGCUGCCGACGAGUAUUACGUUGGCAGUUUGAAUGAGUGAAAACAGAGUUUUGUUGUUGCAGUGGACUGUGGAAGGGCAGAGAUGUAAAUAUGUCUCAACUGGUUUUGGCGGGGGAAAGUGAAAACAGUUAGGGGUAAAAAGAGUAAAAAAAAAGGUGUUUAUAGUUUUUUUGUUUUAUUUAUUUACUUCACAGUCGUCUAGUUUUUUGUGUUUAUGUAUACGGGAGGGAUGGUUUAUGUAGCGAUUAUAGUUUAUUUAUUUGAUAGAUAAAUAAUGAAGAUUAAUAAAGCUGAA